CUAUGACGUCCUAGACCCAAGCGACAAGAGCAAGAAGCUGCGGCUGCUGAGCGAUGUCAGCGGCGUCUUCCGACCGGGCGUUCUCACCUGUCUCAUGGGUGCCUCGGGUGCUGGCAAGACCACGCUAAUGGACGUGCUGGCGGGGCGCAAGACCGAGGGCUUCACGGAGGGGUUGCAGGUGGUGAACGGACAGCCCAAGCGCAUGAGCACCUUUGCACGCCUGAUGGGCUACGUAGAGCAGCAAGACGUGCACUGCCCGCACGCCACCGUGGAGGAGGCCCUCAUCUUCUCCGCUCGACUGCGCGUUGCGCCCGGCGUGCUACCCCCCACCCCUGGAGCCCUGCGUGCCUUCGUACGACGAAUGAUGGAGGUAGUGGAGUUGGAGCCGCUGGGAGGCAGGAUGAUUGGGAUGGGCGGCGGCAUGGGCGGGCUGAGUACGGAGGCGCGGAAGCGGCUGACGAUUGCGGUGGAGCUCGUGUCCAACCCCUCGGUGGUGUUCAUGGACGAGCCGACAACGGGUUUGGACGCGCGCGCGGCCAUGUUGGUGAUGCGUGCCGUACGCAACACCGUCAGCACGGGUCGUACGGUGGUGUGCACCAUCCACCAGCCCAACCGUGAGAUCAUGGACUACUUUGACGAGCUGCUGCUGCUGAAGCCGGGUGGUCGCGUCAUCUUCUUCGGUCCGCUGGGCCCCCGACAGUCCGAGCUGGUGGCGCACCUCAGCGGCGUGCCCGGUGUGCCCAGCUACGAGCCGCACAUGAACCCAGCCAACUGGAUGUUGGAGGUGACGUCACCUGCGGCGGAAGCUGAGAUGGGGAUGGACUUUGCAACCAUCUGGGCGGAAAGCGAGGGAGCCAGAACCGCGGAGCGCCUGAUCCAAUCACACAUGGGUACCGCCGCUGCCUCCUCACCUCGAGACCGCCUCACAGCCGCUCCCGAGGGCGACGUGGAAUCCGCUGCCACCACCGCCACCGCAGCAGCAGCCGGCAGCACCGAGGGCACCACCGCCGCCGCUGCUGCUGCUGCUUCUGCUUCUCUGGACCGCUGCUCUCAGCCCCUUCACGUGCAGCUGCGGGUGGUGUUGGGAAGGGCGCUUCUGGCUCAGUGGCGCAACACGGCCUACAACGGCAUGCGGCUGGGGAUCACGCUGGGGCUGGGGCUGGUGCUGGGGACGCUGUACUGGGG